UGGGAGGUGAGAGCCAAUGGGAAAGCGUUUCGUGUAGGUCAUCUCCUGAGGCGGUGGCGCCCGAGGCUAAACGCCCGCCCGUGGGGAGCCGGCAGCGGAGGGGCGCAGUGUCCGCGCCGGAGCUGGAAGCGCUAGGUCACCGUGGAAGCUGCAGCGGGGCGCGCAACGGCCCGUAGAGACUGCGAAGGCCAGGGAUAUUAGAAAUGGCUACUCCCCAGUCAGUCUUCAUCUUUGCCAUUUGCAUUUUAAUGAUAACAGAAUUAAUUCUGGCCUCAAAAAGCUACUAUGACAUCUUAGGUGUGCCAAAAUCAGCAUCAGAGCGCCAAAUCAAGAAAGCCUUUCACAAAUUAGCUAUGAAGUAUCAUCCUGACAAAAAUAAGAGCCCCGAUGCUGAAGCAAAGUUCCGAGAGAUUGCAGAAGCAUAUGAAACACUCUCAGAUGCGGGUAGGCGAAAGGAGUAUGAUACACUGGGACACAGUGCUUUCACUAGUGGUAAAGGACAGAGAGAGAGUGGAAGUCCUUUUGAGCAGUCCUUUAAUUUCAAUUUUGACGACUUAUUUAAAGACUUUAGUUUUUUUGGUCAAAACCAAAAUACUCGAUCUAAGAAGCAUUUUGAAAAUCACUUCCAGACACGGCAAGAUGGUUCUAGUAGACAGCGGCAUCAUUUCCAGGAGUUUUCUUUUGGAGGGGGAUUGUUUGAUGACAUGUUUGAAGAUAUGGAGAAAAUGUUUUCUUUUAGUGGCUUUGACUCCACCAGUCAGCACACAGUACAGACUGAAAAUAGAUUUCAUGGAUCUAGCAAGCACUGCAGGACUGUCACUCAGCGAAGAGGAAAUAUGGUCACCACAUACACUGACUGUUCAGGACAGUAGUUCCUCCUUUUUCUGUUCUUAUUAAAUCCACCUGGUUGACUCUUCCUUGGUAUCUUUGAUGAAAAAGUUUUCUCUGAAAUAUUUUGACAAGUGCAUGAUUUUACUCAGAAAUUUGGUAUUACUAUUACGUAAUUUUUUUCAAAAGAUUCAGCAACAUUCAGCUAGUGAAUUAGAGAAAAAUCUAAUUAUUUUCUUGAUUGGGGAAGGUCCUUUAAAAAAAUGUAUUAUUCUGCUGAGUAUUUUCCCCCCAUUUUCCCUUAGGCUCAUCAAUGUGGCCAGUUUUGUUAACAUCAGAAAAAAAAAAAUAGAUCGAGUUUGCUUGAUAUAUAAGUUAAACUUUAAAAGUUAUUGUGUGAAUUUGAGUAUUUUUUUGCAGUGAAACCUUUGCUAAUUUAAAAUUGCAUGCUCUAGCAUUUGUGACUUGGAUUGCUAAAUAUGUACGAAGUGUAAUUGAGUCAGCAAAGGAAAGCAUUCAGUGGUUAAUUGCCACUGAAAGCUUUAGAAAGGGAUGAUUUGAUAUUUACCCUAUCUUGCCACAGAAUUGGUACAGAAAAUGUUGAUAGGGUUUUUGGUCAAUUAAACUGAAAAAAGAAAACACGAAAUAUUGCCAAGAGAUUGUUACAUGUUUAGGCCCUGGCUAAUGAUUGAUUUUAUAGGGUUGAAAUCAUAACUACUUACAUCUUUUCACAUUUUUGUCUUAGUUAUUGGCACUCUAGGUAUUACUAUGAAUUUGUGUGGGUUCAUGUUUGUAUGUGUAAUUCCUCCUCUGCAUUUAUCUUUAUCUAGAGAUUGACUAAUACCUCAUUCUGUUUGUAAAACCAGCCAGUAAUUUUUGUGCAACCUUAUUACGUGCAAUAUUUUUAAAUCUAAAAAAUGUGUGCUUUUGUUUUCAGAUAAAACUUAACUUAGUUCUGCACUUUCCACAUUAUAAUCCAUAUGAGUAUUAAUCCUAUGGAUGCAUAUCAAACUAGUAACGUCUCAUACAACAUUGUUUGUGAGUGAGAGAAAUACAAGUAUUUACAAGCUGA